UCCCCUAGAAAAUUCCGCAAACCCUAGAGGAAAAAAAAACAUAGAGAGAGAGAAACACAGUUGAUAAGAUUUCUAGAGAGAGAAAAAAAAUCCUCUGAAUCUCUCUAAUCUCAUCGCAGCAUUUUUUUUUCCAUUGUUGCGAUACGAGAUCCCCGAAUGAAAACCUAACGAUCUAUUAAAAGAUGAUUUCGAAUCCAAGCCUAUUGUCGUACACAUGCAUCGCGAAAGGAACCGUCGUCCUCGCCGAGUUCGCUUCCAAGGAAGAGCCAGGAAUCGAAGACGUGGCUUUACGAUGCAUCGAGAACACGCCUCCUCACCAUUCAAUGUUCUCCCACACAGUUCGCAAUAAGACCUACACGUUCGCGAUCGAUGACGACUCCUCCUUGGUCUACUUCGCUAUCACGGACGAAGCCAUGGAGAAGCCUGAAUCAUUCCGGAUCCUGAACCGGCUGAGAUCGGCCGUUGAUGGAUCCGACGCCUUGAUGGAUCCUUCUCCGCGUUGUCUCCAAGCGAAGAUGGAUCCGGUAUUCGCGGAGAUCGUCGGCGGUGGUGGUGUGGAUGUGGAUUUGGAACUGGACAUGGACUUGGUCGUGGCGAGGGAGAGUCGGAAUUUGAGUAUUGAUUCCACGAAAGGGAGGAGAGCGGCUUUGAUGCCGCUUCUGGGGAAGCCGUUGAAGGCGUUGAAGAAGAAGAAGAGGUUGUUGCAUGCGGAUGAUUCUGGUGACGUUGGUGUGGUCGAUACGGCGUCGGAGAAGAAGGUUGAUUUAUGCGGGAACGGGAACGGUGGAGUGUUGCGCAAGGAACUGAGGAAUGGGUUGUUGACGGAUCAUCAUAAGGCGAAACAGAUGUGGAAGAAACAUGUCUGGGUGGUGCUGAUGUUCGAUUUCUGCAUCUGUGCUGUUCUGUUCGGAAUCUGGCUUUGGGUUUGUCAAGGUUUUCAAUGUGUCAAUGGGUGAAGUAAUGUACAUCUAAUGUUUUCAAUCUGCAUCAACAUUUUUUUUCACUUUCAUUCUUUUGCGUCUUGGUUAUUCGUUUUCUGGAUCGAAUCUGAUCCCUUUUUUUUUUUUAAUCUUCUUUAUUUUUAAGAUCACAGAAUGUGUUGUUUACAGGAGGUUGACUCUCCUGGGUUUACAUGUUAGUGAUAUGUUCAUUGUACUGACAAGCAACAUGUGUUUGUUGUAUUGUAUGUCUCUUUCUCGUUUUUCUUUUGUUUUGUAUUCCCCCAUAACUUGUCUGCUGUGUGAUUGAACGUGGGUCGCACAAUAAUUGAUGACAAAUAAUAGACAGUCACACAUUAAAUAUUAGUACACUGCAUCUAUGGUCGGUGUAUUUUAAAAUUAUUAUUCCAAAAAUGAGAUUGGUUCCAGCAGUUAGAUUUAUGAAUCUGUAACAGUCUAUGGAAAACCUGAGCUAUCAUCCGCUCUCUCUCUGUAGAGAGACCUCCAUUCACGAUGCUUGCUGGACCGAAUAUCAUAGGUUGGUGCUUGUGUUCAUGACUCUGUGAUACUGAAGCUCUACCUUCUAACACAUCUUCUGCAAAUGUGGCACAAGUGAUUGGUUGCGCUGGUCUAGAGUACUGUACCCUCGCAGCAGCAUCUCUGUGCCAGGUUUCAGCUUUCUUUAUGCCAUCAUCAAGAGCAUCCCGAGAAAACUCAUCCUCUCCAUUUUCUUAGUUUGCAUAUGCUUAUCAAAGAGUCAUUUGCCUUGUAAAGAAAGAAAGCAAUACUUUCAACUGUUGUUCCUU